CUCCGUCCUUCUCCGAUUGAUCUUUUGCAAGAUGAGGACCCGAUUUUUGUUUAAUUUAUUUCCCGCCAGAACCAAGGCCGCGGUUAAGACGUCGGUGUUUUUCAUCUCCGCCGCCGGUGUCGCAGCUCUUGUAGACAACCCUGACUCUCUCCGCUUACCUUCACCUCCUCACGCUACUGACUUCCCCUUGCUUUAUGGCGCCGUUCGAUCCUCUCGCGCUCUUUUCACAAUAGCUUCCACUGUAGUUGACUAUAAGUACUCUCUACAUAACUUGCCGGAGAAGUCCGACAAGUACCGGAAUGUUCUCUCCGAGGUCCAUUUGCGGUCAGCGAAGAGAAUUUUGAAAUUAUGCGAGUUCAAUAGAGGUUUUUAUGUGAAAGCUGGUCAAUUUGUUGCGGCUCUGCGGCAAGUUCCGAAGGAGUACUCAUCAACUCUUUCCUCAUUACAGGAUCAGACAGCUCCUUGCCAAUUCAAAGCUAUCAAAGAAUUACUAGUCAGCAAUUUUGGUCGUGAUUUAUCAGAGAUAUUCAUUUCAUUUGAUGAGCAGCCAGUUGCAGCUGCUUCUAUUGCUCAAGUACAUCAUGCUGUACUGAAUGAUAACCAGGAUGUGGCAGUAAAGGUGCAGUAUCCUGGGUUAGAGAAGCAGAUGAAGUAUGACCUUGCAACGAUGUCUGUCCUCUCAAGACUAGUCACCUGGUUUUUUCCUGACUACAGAUUUGGGUGGAUAGUGUCAGAAUUUGAAAAAUCUAUAUCUUCUGAACUUGAUUUUAUUCAAGAAGCUAUGAACUCAGAACGAGCAGCCAAAAAUUUCAGAAGCAACAGUUUUGUCAGGGUUCCCCGUGUUUUUUGGGAUUUGACAACCACCCAGGUUUUGACAAUGCAAUAUUGUAAAGGACAGAAGGUUGAUGACGUGGAAUCUAUGAAGCGAAUGGGAAUUAAUCCAACUAAGGUUGCAAAGGCCCUAUCGGAGGUUGUGGCAGAAAUGAUAUUUAUCCAUGGUUUCUUGCAUGGGGAUUUACAUCCUGGAAAUAUAUUGGUUUCUCAAGGACAGAGUGGAUUUUCUUUGGUUCUUCUGGAUCAUGGGAUCUGUAAAGAAUUGGAUGAAGCUUUCAGGCUGAACUACUGCCAACUUUGGAAGGCUUUGAUUUUCAUGGACUCAAACAAAAUUGAGCAGAUUGGUGAACAGAUGGGUGUCGGGAAGUACUCCAGAUACUUUCCCGUCAUUUUCACAGGAAGAACAUUGAACAGCAAAUCUCCACUUGGAAGAGGAAUGUCAGAUGAAGAGAAGAGGACUCUAAAAAGAGAACUGAAGUCCCUUAAGAUGGAGGACAUAUCCUCCUUCAUGGAAUCUUUACCAGCUGAUUUUUUGACAGUUUUGCGUGCUGAUGGUCUGCUUAGGUCUUUGAUCAGCAAGUUGGGUGCUCCUCAACGGGUCCGUUUGAGGGCUUAUGCUAAAAAUGCAUUCCAUGGUCUCUACCCCAAAGAAAAAUCUGAAUCUGAUAUCAGCAUGAGAGCAGCAAUUUCAAAAUUGGAGAUGGGCAUCAAAGACGUUCAACUGAUUCUGCUACUUGAUACACUGGAGUUGCUUUCUUUUAUGGCAGCUUUCACUCAUUCGUUGGCUAAAAGAUCCAAGGAUAUACUAGUCUCUGCCGGCCGUGCAAUUAGAAAAUUUUUCGCUCAACUCAUGAGCAUCUCCUUGAUUUAGUCGUAUUACCUGUUGCUUGGGUCAUUUUUAUGUGACCCCCAACUAAAUGUGGAGCAUGUCCUUUGUGUUUUUUAUGAAGUAACUGAAGAUACAUGUUGUAAACAGACAACACGAUAAGGAUUUCAAGAAACAAAGAGAUGCCGCAGGUUAUACUACUGUAAUUUAGAAGAGAAAACAGGUUAUUUUGCAUGCAGCAUACUAAAGCUCAAUGUUUGAGGAUGUUGAUGCACUUUAUGUUAGAGCAUGUAUCAAGGUUUGUUGCGUGUGA